AUGCCCUCCCUCGCUGCCGUGGCGACAGCUCUAGCACUGCUGCUGCUCCUCUCCGGCUGCCCGCGCGGGAGAUGCUCCCCGACGCCCGGCGGUGCCACCACGCUGCCUGAUGGCGAGAGCCGCAUGCAGCAGCAGCAGCAGCAGCCUGGGACGAGGGCAACGAAGGUGCAGGAAGUAGACGAUGAAGCCGCCUCGUGCCCGUCUUGCGCCCUGGCCCAGCUGGAUAUGGGCGCGCCGGCCUCCGAGCCCGGCAUGGUGGAGGCGGUGAAGAGGCACAUCCUCAGCAUGCUUCACCUGAGUGCGCCGCCAAACAUCACCCGCCCGGUGCCCCGUGCUGCCCUGCUCAACGCCCUUCGCAAGCUGCAUGUGGGGCACGUGGCCCAGGAUGGCACGGUGGAGAUCGAGGAGGAGGGGGAGGAGCUCGUGGGGCACGGAGCGGAAGCCGACGGGCAGCCCUCCGAAAUCAUCACGUUCGCUGAGCCAGGUGAGUAUGCCCCUGGCACGGUGAAGUUCGACAUCUCCAAGGAAAGCAGUGGGCUCUCUGUGGUGGAGCAGGCCAAUGUAUGGCUCUUCCUGAAGGUGGCCAAAGGCACCCGGGGCAGGGGCAAGGUGUCCCUGCAGCUCCGGCAGAGCCGCGGCACCGCCGGGGCCCGCCGGGAGGAGGUGGUGUCCGAGAAGACGGUGGAGACGCGGCGGAGCGGCUGGCACACGCUGUCGGUUGGCGGCAGCGUGCAGGCACUACUGGACGGGGGCGCCGGCGAGCUACGCGUGCACGUCUCCUGUCCACUGUGUGCUGAGGCAGGCGCCACUCCCGUGAUGGCGCUCCCGGACGAGGAGGAGAAGGAGCGCUCACACCGGCCCUUCCUGAUGGUGGCGCUGCGGCCGGCUGAUGAGCUGCGGAGGCGGCGGGCCAAGCGCAGCCUGGAGUGCGACAGCAAGGUGCGCACUUGCUGCAAGCGGCAGUUCUAUGUCAACUUCAGGGACAUCGGCUGGAACGACUGGAUCAUUGCGCCGUCUGGUUACCACGCCAACUACUGUGAGGGCGAGUGCCCGAGUCACGUGGCCAGCGUCGCGGGCUCCGCCCUCUCCUUCCACUCCACUGUCAUCAACCACUACCGCAUGCGAGGCUACAGCCCUUUCUCCAGCAUCAGGUCGUGCUGCGUUCCCACGCGCCUCCGCGCCAUGUCGAUGCUCUACUAUAACGAGGAGCAGAAGAUAGUCAAAAAAGACAUCCAGAACAUGAUCGUAGAGGAGUGCGGCUGCUCAUAAAUGAGGAACCCAGUGCAAAACACCCCUGUGAGCUGCUCCUAAAAAACUGCCCAAUGAUGCUCGGGUCACGGCGACAGCACGUCUGGUGGAUUAGCGGUCCGUGCUGGCCCGCACACGUGUCUCGAAGUGUCGUUGUUUCUGGCUCAGACGAUUUCUUUUGUGAUAUGUCUGUGGGCUGUUCUGUUCGGAGGCUGACCCUUGACUCGAGUGAUCUCUGUGGCACUUUCGUAUAAAUGUAAACAAGACUAAAAACAUAAUAUAUUUUUGUUAUUUGAAGGGGAGUGGGAAGAGUAAGUGGGAACAGGUGCAUGGUCAAGAUCAAACGUCAUUCCAUGUUCUCUGCGCCGCAAUAAAGAGUGACGUCUCGGAACUACGAGGCCGAGAAAAUGAACUAUGCAACUUGUCAUGUGUUGUUAUUGGAUGUCUGUUAUUUUUUCCCCAUUCAUGUUAUUUUUAUGGUUUUCUUGUCGGGAACCCUUUCCCAACAAAAAGAGUUACUUUUAUUUCCUUUUCUUUAAAAAAAAAUACUUGAAAAAAAGUAGUUUGACCAGGUGGUUUGACCUGGAGCCAAACUCUUAUUAUUAUUAUUAUUAUUAUUAUUAUUAUUAUUAUUAUUAUCAAUUCUUAUAAAUUAUGAAUGUUGAUGAAAAGUGAUGAGAAUUUGCACUAAACCAACAUUCUUAUCAUAUCAGCCAUGCAAGAUUAUAAUGAUGUACAUUUGGAACUUACAUGUAGUAUACCAAAGAACCUACUAGCUUUCACUAAAAGAGUCAAACUGUCCAGCCUGGCUGCGGCAUUAGUCAAAUUAUCCACAAUACAUGGCCAACAAAAUGUUUCAAUGUAACAAAAGUCUUUUUCAUGUCAGCGUUUUCUUAGUUUCCCACAGUCUACGUGUUGUCCCUGGCUACAUUGCCGUCUGACAGCUAUCCAACAGGCUUUAUGCAAAACCGCUUUCUGAUUGAGAUGUUGUUCAUACAGCGAAACGAAAUACGGGGGCAUGGAAAAAGUGACCAUGUUUGUCUUGACAACACAAACAGCAAGACAUGGAAAGAAGCUUUUGGAUAUUAAAAAAUGUUACCUUUGUAUGUACAGAUAUCAAAUAUGUUACAAUGCGUUGUUGUACAAAUCAAAUAUGUGCUUGUUAUGUUUUAUAUCUAAUUUAUU